GUGGUGGUAUUUUCUAGUUGCAGAAUGUAUAAUACGUUUUAUAAAAACCAUACAGGUUGUUAUUGGCAAAUAUUCUUGUAAGUUUUUAUACUUGUUUCAGUAAGUUGUAUUCUCAAGAAAUAUGUUAUUGGGGGUUGGCGUCUUCUCACCCCGACCUUUGCCAGAGGGGCUGCAGCAUCAUGACAGGCUCCAAAGCAAAGCCAUGAGUGACUUCCUUGGCCGCAGGCCCCGGUGGUGGAUGUGGACAACGUGGGCCCAAGAGGCAGCCACCCUCCUGGAGCAGCUGGUACGCAAGGACAAGACGGUGAGCGAUGUGAGCACAGGGCCCCCAGGGGUCCGGAGCACGCACAAGGUGCACCUCCCUGUCCUCCUAGAGUGGUACGAGCCCCUGGAGGAGCCACCACCUGGCGAGAAGCCCAAGAGGAGGUACCUGCCAAGCUGAAGAACUACAGCAAGAAUGUUGGGAAGGUCAUCAACAAAGGAAGCCACUAUAUGAUCAUUGCCUGCCCGGCUUCUCUGUGGUCUACUCUGCCCUGUUCGGAGUAGUCACCAGCCUGGUCUCGUUCUUCUGCCAAAGGGAACUACGAGGGCAAAUACACAAAAAUGGAUGAAAGCUCUGCUCUGGGA